GUUACUGAAGCAUAGCGAAUACAGUAUAUGAAACAGAAAGAACGCCUUUGGUAUUGUUUUCACCAAGUUGGGACUCUCCAGUAUAGAACCCCUGAUUCAUUAAUGUUUGUUGUUGCUGUUCCCUGAAAAUUCCUUCUUGGAGCUGGGCGAACGUUUGCAGAUGAAACUUUUUAUCGUCGGACUACUGGUUACUGUUAUAGACGUGCUCUGACAUCGCUUAUAUUACCUGAGAGGGCAGAUGGAAGCUUGCAUUGAUUUAUCAUCUCUUUUGACUCCAACAUGAGAUUGCUGAGCCAUGGAAAUCCUCCAAAUGUGGAGACCGAGAAGACUGUGACAGCACUUUUAGGUGGAAAUGUUACCUUCAACUGCACUUCACAUUUUAAAGACAUUGUACAAGUCACCUGGCAAAGGUUACGCGGUCAAUCUAAGGAUAAUAUUGCCACAUUUAGUGAAAAAAAUGGAGCUUAUAUACUUGAGUCGUUUAGUGAUAGAGCUGCCUUCAUACAAUCAAAGCUGCAAGUGUCCACCCUUGCAGUGUCUGGAGUGAUGUUUGAAGAUGAAGGAUGUUAUAAAUGUAUUUUCACUACAUUCCUUGCUGGCCAUAAGACUGGGACAACCUGCCUGAUUGUGGUUGAAAAGGAUGUAAAUGUGGAGACACAGAAUAUCACAGCAGUUUUAGGUGGAAAUGUAACCUUCAGCUGUACUUCAUAUUCAAAAGAUAUUCAACAGGUCACUUGGCAGAAGUUAAAUGGCCAAUCGGAGGAUAAUAUUGCUACAUUUAGUGAAACAAAUGGAGGCAAUUUUUCUGUGCCAUUUAGUGGUAGAGCUGUUUUCAAGCCAACAAAGGUACAAGUAUCUACCAUUAUACUGUCUGGGGUAAGGCUUGAAGAUGAAGGAUGUUAUCACUGUAUCUUUAAUACAACGAGAACUGGCCAAAACAUUGGGAAGACAUGCCUCACUCUGCGUGCACACAUAUCAAUUAACUCCCAUCACUAUAUUUGGAUUGUUGUUGUACUGGUAGCAAUUCUGACAGUUGUAUUUGUGUUCAGUUGCCACUGCUACAAAAAGAUAAGAUGCCAGCUAAGAUGCUGCCAGCACUGCUGAUCUUCUCCAGAACUUUUGGAUUUUAUUUCAGGCUCCGUAAUAUUUUGAUUUUACAUUAAAGUUUAUGAAAACCUUUGAUUGCACACACACGGGAGUCACCUUCUUGACCUUCUGGUUGAGUCCAAAGGAAUGUAAAACAUCGUAAAUAAAAUAUUGC